AUCCAGUUUUAGUGGGAGCUGCGCGCAGGAAUGCUGUUCUUGGGAAGUUUAAAAAUAAUGAAGUGGAGGCAGCUUUUCUGGAUUGCGUUCUGUGUUGUGGAGGUGUCUGCCCCAGGCAACACUUCUGGGACCCCCACACCGACAGCCACGGCCAUGGAAGUGAAAGGCGUCAGCAGCACGGCAGCCACCGGAGCCACUGGAGCCACCGGAGCCACCGGAGUCACCGGAGCCCCCAGCAGUGCCGAGCCAACGUCAGAGACGUCUGCUGCAGCCGGGUCCCCGGCAGCCAGCCCCACCUCCCCGGGGCUCAGCAGCGAGCAGACGAGCCCGCAGCCCAGCCAAGCUCCCACGCAGCUGCUGGGCACCUCCCCGGACCCAGACCACAUGAGCCGAGGGGUCCCCACAACCGAGAGCCCAGCGACACGACCCAGCACGACGGCAGAAACCCCAGGGUCCACGCUGGUUCUGAUGAGUUCUCCUGCCACCUCGGGGCAUCCUCCCGUCUCGACUGCCACCACGCCACUGCCCACAGUCAGGGACAGCCCGAAGCCCAUCACGUGCCACAAUGUCAAAGAAGUGAGUGACACUGGAGCCAUCUGCUUGCAGCUCAACGAGUCCAGCACUUGCAAACAUUUUUUAGAGAUGAAGGGAUCGGACUUAUGGAGUGCAAUAUGUGAAGAGAGCGCCCACCGCGUUCCCUCCCCCUGCCAGAUUAAGCUCGCUAAAUCUGAGGUGGACCAUGACUGUAUGCUGCUCAUCCUCGUCGGCGAGAGAGAACCUGCUACAGAUAUGCUCCAGGAGUCUCACUGGGAAAAGCUUGGAAUAAAAUCCCUUAAACCGGGGAGCGUGAGGAACCACCAGGACUUUUCUCAGAAGACCCUGAUCGCCUUGGUCACAUCUGGACUCAUGCUGGCGUUCCUGGGCUUGGCUGGAUAUUUCCUGAUGAAGCGGCGGAGCUGGAGCCCGGCGGGAGAGAGGCUGGCUGAAGACCCAUAUUACACGGAAAACGGUAGCCAGGGAAACACGAUGUUGAUGAUGUCCCCCCAAGAGCAACCUGAGCUGCAGGAGAAGCCAAACCUCAACGGUGGGACUCAGGAGAACGGGACUGGCCAAGCGUCCUCCAAAAACGGCCACUCAGCCAGGCAGCACAGCCCCGCCGACACCGAAAUGUGAACCGGGCGGAGAAGGGCGUCCUUAGCGCAAACCGAGAGGGGAGCGGAGAGACAAGGGAGGGCAAGAGUUUUCUAUGGACAGUUAGGGAAUUGCAGACCUUUCUUUUUUGUUAUUGUUAUUUCUGUGAAGAACUUCAAAAUCAGCCUAAAGCCCAUUAAGCGCCAGAGCUGCCAAAGACUGCUUCUCUGCCUCCUCCUACUUCUCCCAUUGACCACACAAGACACUUUUCCGCAGCUGUUCUCUGCUUUUCUUGUUAGAAGAACAUAAUGAGAAAUGCAAGUGCCCUUAGCCCUGAACAGCUUUUAAGCAGAGGCAGACUGAAGCUACAGAAGCCUUGAGCCAGACUCCAAACAGCCAAAAUUUUUGGUGGCAGUGUGUUAGGCUGAUUAAAAUAGUUAAAUUGGGAUUUCAGUGACAAAAACCUCUCAGGUUUCAUAUAAUUUUGGUUAACAGAGUUGGUUUUUAUCUCGUCUUUAGGUUUAAAUGCAGGAUUUAUUCCUCUUUUAAGAACAUCAGGCACUUAAACCCCCCUUCCUAUGCUUUAGGUCUUCUUUAGUAUUUCUACUCCAGCAGAAUUUGCUGACGCUCUGUGUAAAACUUUCCACAUGGAAUUGAAGGCUGAAAUGUGAAUAGACCUCAAACUUGCUUCUUUUUCAAUCCUACCAGUACGCAGGUAGUGGUUUUAGAGCAAAAAUCUUCCCCAGUCUCUUCAUGUCAGGGACUGGAGACGGCAUUUGACGAGGCAGAGCCAGCAAUGAAUCACUUGAGUGAGACGGAGAACACUUGACAUGGCUGUAGACGGCUCUGCAGAUGCCUGGGGCUGGCAGUCCCACCGCCCUCCCUCCCAACACGCGGGAGCUAGUGCCUAGGGUAGGACUUUGGGAAUAAAAGAUGCCAAAGUGCUCCCAGUGGGACGAGUGCAGGACAGAAACCCGGCUCCGCGACGAGUGUUUCUCCCUCUGCAUCAGCAGUGGGUACACGAACAAAAAGAAGUAUUUUCGCUUUGGUAAGUGAAGGGCCAACACCAAAAUCCCAACAGCAGGAGCAGGUCCUACCUAGCUCUGCACUGAUCCUGCUCCCGAGGCAAGCGGUGCUGCAAGCCGCAUCGCUGAGGUCGAGCUACCUGCAGCUCGGUGAGAGCCAGGGACCAGGGCCAGGUUUGUGCUCAGUCCCGAGCAAGUGCAGCUCGUUUUUAGGGAGCCAAAGCUGUUGUUGUGCAAGCUCGGUGUUGAUGGUGCAAGACCACGAGAGGCUGCAGUUCAGCAGAGGUUACUCAUACCACUAUCUCUGCCGGCACCAGCAGCGACCUCCACAUCCGAAAUAAGGACAAAAAUGGCCCUUGAAGCUGAUCUACCCUCUCACUAGUGAAUUUAUGGCAACCUUUUCUCAGUGCUGAACACCUGAGGGGAAGGCGCUUUUUUUUGGUACAGUGCUUAAAGGAAUGACAGCAAUGUCCGUCAUUAUCUGGGGCUGUUUUCAUGGAUGCAAGAGUCACUUAAACACAGUUUAAAAUAUUUCAGGUUUUGUUUGUUUUGGUGUGAAUUGCUUCUCCCAAAUCUCAUUGUAAAUAAUCCCAGUUGAAAAAAAAUUGAGUAUUAAAAGUCAACUUCUCUGU